AUGUUGAAUAUGAAGAAAAGUAACGAACAAAAAUCUAAUUUUAUACAUCGUUUAUUAAAUUCAACAUUCAAAUUCAUUAAAGACAAUGAAAAUAAUCAAUCUAAAUCAUCUACUGAUACAUUUAAAUAUGAAUUACCAGAGAGUUUUUUCAAAGCAGUAGAUAAAACUCGUACGAAAGCUGGAUACAAUAUUCUUCCUCAUCAUCAUCAUCAUCAUCAUCGAUCUGUUCCAUCAUCAUCUCGUCAUAACAGUUUCUCAUCAUCAUCGUCAUUAUCAUCAUCACUUUCUUCUCAUCGCUUACACAAAGAUCAUAAGGCAGUACCAAAGCUCUAUCGAUCGUCAUCGGCAAAUGAUAUCGAUAAAGUUUUUAAGAAAAAAGUUCAAUUUCGUCGAACACCUCGUGAACGUGUACACCAACAGCAUCCAACAACAACUCCAAUAUUAUUUUCAGCUAGACCAUCAUUUCGAAUGUUGAUGAAUCCUAAUUUUAUGAUGGUUGAUAGAUGUCGUAGACAACGAAACUUUAUACCAAUGCGAUCACCAAGAUUUAUUCAGCAACAACCAAUGUUUCGAUUGAGAUUUCGAUAA